AUGGUGUUUUUGAUUAAUAGUAACAAAUCUGAUCAUUUCCCAUCCAACUGCACUCCUGAACUUCAUCAUGGUCUCCAGAAAUUCAUCAUUCUACAAAAUCACAUCAACUUUGAAACUCACACGUCCCCAGGAACACUGACUCUGGGUUCCCUCUAUCCCUCUGCCACAGCAGAUGGGCACGUCCUUAUGAUCAAUGAGUGGGGCCAUCUCCUGGGCCGCUUGGCAGCCAUCAUGGCAAAGCAAGUCCUCCUGGAGUACAAGGUGGUCGUAGUUUGCUGGGAAGGCAUCAACAUUUCAGAAAACUUCUACUGGAACAAGCUAAAAUACCUGGCCUUCCUCUCAAAGCAAAUUAACACAAAGCCUUCAAGAGGCCCUUAUCACUUCAGAGCCCCCAACUGCAUUUUCUGGAGGACUGUUAGAGAGAUGCUUCCCCACAAGACCGAGCAUGGUCAGGCUGCCUUGGAACACCUUAAAGUGUUUGAUGGCAUUCCCCCACCAUGUGACAAACUGAAACACAUGGCCGUCCCAGCUGCUCUCAAAAUGGUCAGACUGAAGCCAAUGAGAAAGUUUGCUUAUCUGGGGCACAAGGCCCAUGAAAUUGGUUGGAAGUAUCAGGCAGUGACUGCUAUGUUGGAAGAGAAUAGGAAGGAGAAAGCCAAGAUCCAUUAUAGAAAGAAAAAGAAGCUCAUGAAACUAUGCAAGCAAGCUGAGAAGAAAGUGGAACGCAAAAUUCACAAGUACACAAAGGUGCUGAAGAAACAGGGGCUGCUGGUGUGA